CAGGGGAAGCCCAGGGGUCUGCCAGCUCCCAGGGACAGCCAGAGCCUGGGGAGACACCGAGCCCAGAGACGGAGGGCUACCUGAGCAAAAGACAGAGAAAUAAAACCCAGAGUCCAACUGCAAUGGCCUCAACAACUCCAUCACGGAAAAUGGAAGAAGAAGCCACUUGUUCCAUCUGCCUGGAGUAUCUGGCAGAGCCGGUGACCAUAGACUGUGGGCACAACUUCUGCCGAGCCUGCAUCACCCAGUACUGUGAGCACGGGAAGCCUGAAUCCGGCACUAAGUUCCCCUGUCCUGAGUGCCGAAUGCCAUUUGAGAGAGGGAAAUUCCGGUCCAACAGGAAGCUGGCCAAUAUUGUAGACAACAUCAAACAACUGAGGUUAAAGCCAGGGAAAGGACAGGAGAAUCUGUGUAAGCGACACCAGGAAAAACUCAAACUCUUCUGUGAGGAGGAUGGAGAAGCCAUUUGUGUGGUUUGCAGGGAGUCCCGGGAUCACCGAGUUCACACUGUGCUCCCCAUUGAGGAGGCCGCCCACGAUUACAAGGUGAAACUCCAGGAAGCCCUGGGCACGCUGCUGAUGGAGCUGGAGGAGGCCCUGGCGCUGACAUCCGAAGAGGAGAAGAAAUCCGUGGAGUGGCAGGGCAAAGUGGAGAAUUGGAGACGGUCGAUCACACGUGAAUUUAAGACGCUGCACCAGCUUCUGAGUGAGGAAGAGCAGCUGCUCCUGCGGAGGCUGGCGGAGGAGGAGAGAGAGACUCUGCAGAGACUACAGGACAAUAUCACAAAGCUCUCAGAGCAGAGUGCUGCACUGAUCAAUGGCAUCACAGAGCUAGAGGAGAAGUGUCAGCAACCGGCCGCUGAGCUGCUGCAGGGUGUGAAAAGCACAUUGAUCAGGAGUGAGCAUGUGAAACUCCAGCCACCAGAAGCCGUUUCUCCUGCCCUGAAGAGCGGGUAUAAAAUCUGCCUUGACAUGAGGGGAAUUCUGGAGAGAUUCACCGUGGACGUGACUCUGGCUCCAGACACGGCAAAUCACUGGCUUGUCCUGUCCGAGGAUCGGAAACGUGUGAGACAUGGAGACACACGCCAGGAUCUGCCCAACAACCCUGAGAGAUUUGAAACUUCUGCCUGUGUCCUGGGCGCUGGGGGGUUCGCGGGCGGGCGGCGUUACUGGGAGGUGGAGGUGGGAGACAAGACUGAAUGGGCUCUGGGGGUUUGUAGGGAAUCUGUGAGCAGGAGGGGGCAGGUCACAGCAGCACCUAAACAUGGAUACUGGAUAUUGUGUCUGAGGGAUAGGGAAUACAAGGCUCUGACCUCCCCUCCAACCCGCCUCCCCGUGAGCAUCAGCCCCAGCCGGGUGGGGGUUUUCCUGGACUAUGAGGCGGGCGAGGUCUCAUUUUACAAUGUGACUGACAGGUCCCAUCUCUUCACUUUCACUGACACCUUCUCCGGGACGCUCCGUCCUUGCUUCUAUCCUGGUUACAAUGCUAGGGGUACAAACGUCGCUCCCCUGAUAAUCUGCCCAGUCCCAGCUCAAGCCAGAGGGAAUUUCUGGCCUGUACAGUGACACCCUCAGCAGAGACUGGCCCCUCCCAGUCCAGCGCCAGGCCAUCACCUGCCUGACCCCCCCCUCCCUCAGUUCCCAGCCCCAGGCCUGUGAGCCGCAGGGAGCGGACAGAGCAGAGAAGGGGUGGAGGGAGCAGGGCUACCGGGCACAGGGGGGUGCAGGCUGCUUGGAAGUGGGGAUGCAGGGUCAGAGGGAGGUGCAGGCUCCUGGGCUUUUAAAAGUGAGAAGGUGGGUCGCACGCCACAGGCAUUUCAGAGACAAUGAUUUGUGCAAUGAGUGAGAAUGACAGUCAGAGAAAUGCUCCUACCUGAAAGGAGAGAGCCAUGGGGGGAGUCCCGCGGCUCUGGGGAGGGCACUGACCUGCUUCAGCCCCAGGCCAGAGCCCUGCUGCGCUGGGAGGAUGGAUCCGCACACAGGGCACCAGGAGGGUUAGGGAAUGAAGUCGCUGCCCCUGACUAGGCAUCUCAGCCUCCGCUUCCCUGCAGCCCAUCAGCAUGUGCCCGAGGCCCAUUGAACUGAAUUCACCCCCGUUACACACAGUGACCGGAGUGACCGAGCCCUUUAUCUGCCCCGAUAGGGCCCCAUCCAGGGUAGGGGGCUGUCUCUGUGCAGCAGGGGGAGGGGGGUCAGUAGAUUCCCAGGGCCAUUCACUGCAUUAUCCAACUCCCAGAGAAAAGCCAAAUCCAGUAGCUGAGUGAGCACCACAGGUCCAGUGAGCGAGAGGGAAUGUCCCAGCAUCUCCUGUCCGGGGGAGAUUUCCUCACGUGUCUGCUCCACCAGGGCCACACGGCUCCCUGCCGGCCCACAUCCUUAUUGUCUCUGUCUGGAACCAGGUCCCAGCAUGAUGAUGGGGAUCAGGACAGAGCACAGGCACAGACUGCACGAGUGCUCCAGGGCUGGAGCACCCACAGGGAAAAAUUAGCGAGUGCUAAGCACCCACUG